AUGUCCAAACAUGAAUACAAAAAACUAGCUAAUACGCAUAUAGCAAUAACGAGUUUGGAUAACUCCAGUUCUACCUUACUUCUCAACAGUGGGCUGGAUGGAGAGUAUACGCUGCCCUCGGCCCAGAUCAAUGGCCAGGUAUCAUACUUGCAAGAUUUGGAAGAUUUGCCCCAAGGAAGACAUCUUGGUUUGUUUUCCACUAUAGUGCUAUUUGUGCUGCGAAUCUUGGGCAGCGGAAUUUUCAGUCUAGCCAGUGGAAUAUACGAAGAUUGCGGUCGUUCGAUCUUUUUAUUCUUUCUGGCCUGGGUCAUUGCCGCGGUAUUGGCCUUCAGUGGUCUUUAUGUGUAUUUGGAGUUGGGCUCCAUAGUACCUAGAAGCGGCGGUGCCAAAGUGUUUUUAGAGUUCAUCUAUGAGAAGCCGAAGUUGCUUGCCACUGUGGCUUUUCUGGUCUACUCAGUGAUGUUUGGGUUUACAUUGUCCAACAUCUUGGUCUUUGGAGAGUAUGUUCUUCAUGCAUUGGAAGUUGAAGUGACUGACUUUAGAACCAGACUUGUAGCGUUGCUGAUUUUGUACUUGGCUGCUGGUAUCCAUGGAGUCAGUAUCCAUCAUGGUGUGAGAGUACAAAACUUUCUAGGCUCGUUGAAAAUUGGAUUGAUCGUAGUGAUAUUUGUCACAGGUAUCUACGUCGUUUUCUUCCCAUCUUCUAUAACUGGCAUAGAAUCACAUCUUCACUGGGACGAUGUGUUCACUACAAAAUCUUCUGCCACAACUUCUACGUUUGCCAGUGCCAUCAUUAAAGCUUCGUUUGCCUUUGGUGGCUGGAACUCAGUUCACACUGUCACAAAUGAGAUCAAAGAUCCUGUGAGAACAUUGAAGAUCGCUGGACCUGCCUCUUUGGGAAUAAUGGCUGUAACGUACUUGUUAACAAACUUAGCAUACUUGGUUGCUAUCUCAGGUGAUGAAUUAGCCAAUAGCGGAACUUUGGUUGGUUCAUUAUUGUUUGAGAAGGUAUUUGGCUUGAGAAUGGGAAAGCAAUUCUUGACUUUAUCCAUUGCCGUUUGUGCUGGCGGAAACGUUUUUGUCGUCAUAUAUACAAUCUCUAGGGUCAGCCAGGAAGUGUUCCGCGAAGGCUACUUGCCUUUCUCACGAUUUAUGUCUUCCAAUUGGCCAUUCGGCGCACCAAUGCCUACAUUAUUGUUGAGUGUAUCAAUCUCAACGCUCGUCAUUAUUGUCGCUCCACAUGGAGACAUCUACAACUACAUCGUGGCAUUAGAAGGCUAUCCUAAUCAGGCAGCCAUUGCAUUGACAGCAUUUGGAAUUUUUGUUAUUAGAAGACGGUAUCCGGAAAUAAAGGCGCCAAUAAGAUCCAGUUUGUUCGGAGCUCUGUUGGUGAUCCUUAUCUCCUUAUAUUUGUUGAUAUUUCCCUUUGCAUCCAGUACUAGUCCCAACCCCAAGGGACUUGAAAAUUGGCCCUCCUAUGCUGUUGUUGGCAUUUUGUGUAUUUUAUUUUGCAUUGCAUUUUGGUAUUUCAAGUUUAGGUUCUUUCCCUGGCUUUUCAACUACGAGCUUAUUCGCGAAGAUGAAGGGUUGGAGGAUGGAUUGAUUGUUAAGAAGUGGGUAAAGGUAUAUGGUGGUGGUAGCUUCAAUUCUUGA